AACCAUCACAAACUCGGUCGCCUAACGGUGGCUAGGCGCGGCGGUCGGCAAUUGUGGAUCCUCCGCACUGCAGUGCUGACAGCAGAUUUCUUCGAACCUGCGAAUACGAAACUCACCUUAAAUUCCCUCCAUCCAGGCGGCAGUGGCGACUGCACACGCCCGAUCCCCAGAGCACAAAGAUGGCCUACGGUACAACAAGCACCACGCCCACCCCGUCGGUGCAGGACGACGAUCUGCAGGAAAUCGCCCCGGAGCCGAUCCCGGAAGCCGAGCAGGAGCAACUCCAGAAAGACAGCCCGGCGUGCACGCACCACCACCGCGGAGUCAAACACGCACUGAAGUCUUUCUACGACAGGAAUUUUGGCCUCGUUCUUGUGUUUCUGGCGCAGACAUGCGGGUCCAUUAUGAAUACGGCGGCGAAGCUGCUGGCGACGGGGUACGAGACGAAGUUUCACGCCAUGCAGGUCAUCUUUAUUCGGAUGCUGUGCACGACUGUGCUGGGGAUGGCGUACAUGGCGUGGAACAGAACGCCUGAUUUUCCGCUGGGACAGAAAGGGAUCAGGGGGUUGUUGCUCCUCCGAGGGUUCUGUGGGUUUGUUGGGCUAUUCGGUCUAUACUAUUCACUCACGUGGCUGAAUAUCUCGGACGCCACGGUCAUAACCUUUAUCAUCCCAACUGUCACGGCACUGGUCUGCUUCGUUUGGUUGCGCGAGCCCUUCACCGUCCGCGAAGCGCUUGCGGCCCUCAUCGCAUUCAGCGGCGUUCUGCUCGUUGCGCGGCCGUCAUGGCUCUUCCCCAGCCCGCCAGUAGACCCGAUCACUGGCGAGCCUGCGCCAAAUGUACUGUCUUUCGUGUUUGAUGUUAGUUCUGCGCCGGCCACGACGCCCACUGCUAUCUCUCCUAACCAACGAACGCUCGCCGUCCUCGCAGCUAUUCUAGGCGCGUUUUCCGCCUCGACGGCAUACGCGACGAUUCGCGUUAUCGGAAAGCGUGCACACUCGCUAAUUUCCGUGAACUACUUCGCCGGAAUCGCAACGCUGGGUUCCGCGCUCGUUCUGCUCAUCCACCCGGAUCUACAUUUCGUGAUGCCCACAAGUGGCGGACAGUGGGGCUUGAUCACUGUUAUCGGACUGACAGGCUUCCUUCUGCAGUUUCUGCUUACCGAAGGUUUGCAGAGGGAGAAAGCGGGGCGGGCGACAAACUUGAUGUACUUGCAGCUUGUCCUUACAUUGGUCAUUGAGCGUGUUAUUUGGGGCACUACGCCUCCCAUCGAGAGUUUCGGCGGUGCAGUGCUCAUCAUCGGGGCGGCGAUUUGGGUCACACUGCAGAAAAACAGAACAGUAAAGCAUGACGAGGGAAAACAGAAAGUCGUGGACGAGGAAAGCAGUCUGCUUGGCAACAAUGGAGAGAGGCAAAGCGAAUGAAACAAGAAGUCCGUCAGGACUGUCGUACAACAGAAGCAAUAUAUUUGGCGGCGCGGCGGAUAUUCCUUUCUGGUCUCUCGUUACUCCCUUGAAGUAAGAUACGAUGCCAGAAAUAACGAGAAAUCGGGUUUCAUCCACCACUAUCUUCGUCUUUCCUCGUUCCUCUCCUUUCAUGUCCAUGAUCUUGCAUGAUACUAGACUGACUGAUCGGGAGGAAAUCAAUGAUUCUUCAAAAAGCAAUGACCUGUCCGCACAAUUGUCCCCGUUGUACGCCCAAGCUUGUCCAGCUUUCUGUCCAAUGUUGUGUGCAGUUCUGUCGAGAACCUGUGCAAAGUGAAGAGGGAGAUAGCUAGAAGGUACAGAGACGUAAAAAUACAUGAUGC